AUGACGUCGUCGGCCGUGCCACAGUCCACCACCAAGAUAAGUAUCGACGAUCCUAUCUCCACAUUUAAGUUUUUGGUAAAGCAUUUACAUAUUUUCACUCCUCUUUAUUUGAUCGAUUUGAAUAUGGUGGGUGUAGUGUCGCUUAGUUUGUUUGAUCGAAAUCUUGAUAUUGGUGAUGAGGCAAUUUUAUCUGCAUUAUGGGAGAGAUAUCAAAGUGUCUCUGAAAAGGCAGAAAUACAAAAGGCUUUUCAUAUAUUUCUUAAACAAUUUUUUGUGCUAACAAAUAUGGUGUCAUUAUCAUUGUUGUUGUUGUUGGAUACGGAUAUGUUUGGUGGAAGGCUACCAAGAGACAUUUAUCUACAAGGAUUGACCAUGUUGAUAGUAGUCUUUAACAAGACGGAUUUGCAAUAUUUGGAAGGGAUUUCGGAAGAUGAUAAGAAGUUAGUUGAAGAGAUGAAGUCAGAAGCAAUGAAGACUUUGGUUGUAGAUGGUCAAUAG